CAUUUGUCAUGGCGCAUCAACAGAUCUUGAUACUGCUCAUGUCCGACACCUCGGUCGCGCCUACGUAGUGGAUCGGUAUGGCCGUUGCACGUUUGCUGCAUGAAGCUAUGGCGACGAUGAAGGGUCUUGGCCAAAGGCUUUCACCGUUGCCAUUGACCUUCUCAGCGCCCCCUUAGUGACUGAACGCAUCCAUCUCAUUCAAUUCACACAACACCAUGGCCGACGGUGUAUACACUCUUCAGGAGGUAGCGAAGCAUACCAGCAAGACUGACCUUUGGGUCACCUUGUGGAAUCACGUCUACGAUGUAACAGACUACCAAGAAGACCAUCCUGGUGGUAAGGAGUUCCUGCUCGAAAACGCUGGCACAGAUGCGACUACCGCAUACGAGGAUAUCGGUCACUCCACAGACGCCAGAGAAAUUCUCGAAAACUUCCGCAUUGGACGUAUCGCAGACGAGGACUGGACCGACCAUGAAGCCGCGAAAAUGCCCACCAUUAUUCCCAGCAGAGUUCAUGUUGUGAACAAUCUGCCUGUGCCAAAGUCGUAUCGCUUCCAUCUUUCAGCGCUCGGCUUUGGUCUCGCAUCUGUCGUACUCUCCAUCGUAGCCGGUCGAAGAUUUUCUCCGCUCCUGCACCGAUUCCAGAGCGCUGGGUUCUGGAAGGGAUUCGCUGUCUCUUCUCUUGCCAGCAUGGCUUUGGCUGGAUAUGCCAGUCUAUGGGCAACGAAGAGCUUCGACGUCGCGCACAAGGACUUCCAAUCCUACCCAGCACAUUUCAAAGCCAAGUCAACUUCGUCAAAACCAUCGAGGAAGAAGGACAUCAACCUUGGUGUUCUCAACGCUCGUGUUUACCAGCCCUUUCCAUUGAUCGACAAGUUCAACAUUUCUCACGACACUAUCCGCUUUGUCUUUGGCCUGCCCAAUGAAAACUCUGUUCUUGGUUUACCCACUGGCCAGCACAUCGCAAUCAGGCACGAAAUAGAUGGAAAGCAGUUUGCACGAUCAUACACGCCAACAUCCAGCAACAAAGACCGCGGCCGCCUGGAACUCACCAUCAAGGUUUACGAGGGCGGCAAAUUGACACCCUAUUUGAGCAAACUGAACAUUGGCGACACUGUCGAGAUUCGAGGACCAAAGGGCGAGAUGAAGUACCACAAGAAUCUUGUAAAGGAACUUGGAAUGAUCGCUGGUGGCACUGGUAUCACACCCAUGUUCCAGCUCAUCCGCCGCAUCUGUGAAGACCCCCGCGACAACACCAAGACGACCUUACUAUACGCCAACAAGACUGAAGCCGACAUUUUGCUCAAGGAUGAACUUGACAAGUUCGCCGAGAAGCACGACCAGUUCAAGGUUCACUACGUUUUGAGCAACCCAUCGGAGAGCUGGAAAGGAGAAAAGGGUCGGAUUAGUAAGAAGAUGAUUGAGGAGCGUCUCCCUGCACCAGCUGGUAUGGACUCCAAGGUUCUUGUUUGCGGGCCGGAUCCUAUGAUGGAUUCCAUGAUCAACUAUCUGCAAGAACGCGGCUUUAAGGCACCUGGCAAGAUCUCCAAGCCGCAGGAUGAGAUUUUCACUUUCCAGUGAUCUUUUCGUUUGAGUUUCAUUCGACAAUGGAUUCUAGGGUCUGCAGGGGUGGCGGCAGUGGUAUUACUGGUGGAGUUGUCGUAGACUGGGCACUAUUCAGGACUUGUUUUAGAUAUCUUUCCAUAAUCUUUCGUAGGCAUUGAAGCUGCC